AAAGUGAACAUCCCCCUCUCCCAUCAUCAUUAUUUCGGCCAAGCUACCCAAGAAAGAGUAAGAAGAAGUUCUCCCAUUUUUUCUCCAUCGUUGAAUUCGAGCUCAAGCAAGGUUGGUAAAAAGAGGAAGCUUGAAGAAGGAAAACGUUAGGAAAAGUGUGGAAUAUUAAGGUUGAAGCUAGAGCCUGUUGUCUACACCUUUGCACGGGUGGAAAGAAUCUAGAGGAAGACGUGAAAUGGAGGGUAGACGUAUGCCGAUGAGGAACAACCCUAGGGGACUAGCUGCGGGAGCUUCCGUGGGGGGUAGCCGAGCCACAUCCCUUGGCUCUAUGGGGAGAAGAGGAGGCCGUGUAGGCCGUGGGGGCCACCGCGCCCAAACAGUGAGCGAUGGCCACGUGAGCUCGGUGUAUGAGACUAACACCCAGAACUAUGAUUCAACUUUCGUUCCGGAAACGGAACAUGAGGAAACCCCAUAUGAUGGGGGCGAUUUCCACACGGAUGAUGAUGAUGACAAUAGUGAAAGUGAUGCCCGUUUUGCUCAGAUGGGUGAGCUAUUUGAAUGGUAUCAAAAGGAAAAGCUGAGGAGGGAUCUUAGACGCCAAGCUAGGCGUGCCUCUCAAGGCGGAUCGGGCCAAGGGAGCCGGGGGGGCUUCAAGGGCUGUUUCAGGGGCAUCUCGGGAUAGACGUGAGGGAGAUUUCUGUGUGAGGAUCUCCAAAUACCUCAAAGAGGCUAGAGCCUUGGGUGCAGGGCCUUCGUGCUUCCUUCAUUUUUUUAAAUCAUAAACUAUGCUCAUGGAUACUUUUGUAAUAUUACAUUGUUUUG